AAAUUGGACGGUUUAAGGAGAGAAGCGAGGAAAGAGGAAAAAAAAGAAGAGCCGAGCGUUAGGGGCGUAAUACGAGCCAUCGCGAGUCAUUGCGUCCACGUCGUGUCUGGGUUCCGUCGUGGCUGUGAUACAGGGCUACCUUAGCUCGUCCCGACGCCGUCGCGAGUGCGCCUGCACGAUACACAGAGGCAACCGAAUCCAGGAGCGGUCUAACCCGCUAGCCCUCGACUGGUCUCUAUCAUGGCGCCGGUAGCGCCGCGUCUGAAGAUCCUUUCAGGUCCGUUGAUUUCCCGUCCCAUCACCUACAUCCCAACCUCGAUUCCCAUACCAUCUGAGUUCGAGAGCGGGAGGCCUCUGUUCGCGUCGGGACUGCUGGGAGAGACGGGAAUUCUCUCACUCUCACUCUCGACUCUUUUGGGCAGUUCGAGAGGCCCGGCAGUGGGCGGUAAUGCUGUGUCCGCGUUCCUGUCCUGGAGGCUCCAGGCCACCAAUGCUUGCGACGUAACCCUCGUUUGGAAGUCGGGUUUCGAAGCUGUCAACCAGUUUGGUAUCUCUUUCAAGUCCGGGUCGUUUGGAAAUGAGCGCUUCAAACCUCGACGUGUUGUUCGGACACCGGAUGAGGCCUCGAAUAUCAAAGAGGGUCCCUUCGACUAUAUCAUCCUCUGUAUCAAAGCAUUACCGGAUGUCUAUGAUCUCGCAUCCGUAAUCGACGCCGUCGUCACCCCGCAGCACACCUGCAUUCUGGUCAACACAACGCAUACUUUGGGAGUCGAGGCGGCUAUCGAGGAGAGGUUUCCAACGAACGUCGUGCUGUCGCUCGUCUCCAACGCUGAGCUCACGCAGAUAGGCGCCAGCGAGUUUGAGCAUACUGGCUCGACCGAGGUGUGGGUUGGACCGGCAAAUAAAAGUAGCAGUAUUCCCCUUGCCAUACAAGAGGAUAUGGCUCAAGCCCUUGCCAUGACCCUGAGCAGCGGCCGCGUUGAUUGUAAGGUCUCAAAUAACAUCAGACAGCAGCAGUUUGAGCGCGUUAUCGGCCCUAUUGCCUUCCAUCCUGCCAGCGUCAUCUUCGAUACACCCUCUCACGCUGCUCUUCUAGAGAAGCCCGGGGUCAAGCAGCUAAUUUCGGAUGUGAUCGAUGAGCUCAUACAGCUGGCGAACGCGCAAGGAUGCACACUGAGCACCGACUUCAAGCAGAGGACGUUGAAGGAGCAGUGCGAGCCUUCGGAUCCAAGUAUCAUGUGGCAGGAUUAUGUGGCAAGGCGGCCAAUGGAAGUGGAAACUUUUCUCGGGUCGCCGAUCAAAUUGGCUCAGAGUUCAGGUAUAAAAUUGCCCCGGAUCGAGACGCUUUACGCCAUCUUCCACAACAUAAAUGUUGUGAACCAAUCUCGGCCUAAAGAGAUGAACGGACUGCCGACAGCUUCUGGCUCGCCUGUAUCCCCAAUGCCCCGCAUGUCAGCGUCCGGUCCGCCGCCCCGUCCUCCCGUCAAUGGAUUCCCGAACGGAAAUGGGAUGCCCAUGCCCCGGGCGCGACCCAGGAACUCGUCGAACUUCAGUGGGCCUCCUCCGGGCAUGCGUCGCCCUCCUCCUAUGAAUGGUGGCCCGCCUAAUGGACAUCGGCCUCCUAUGAACGGCGCCCCGAACGGGCACCCCUCAUCACGGCAACCGUCAAGACGCGGCUCCUUGGAGGAUACCGAUCUGGGAGAGUUUAGCCACCUGGUUCUUUACGAGGACACGGCGGACGUUGGAGAUGGCGUGUACAAUGCUGACAAUUCAGAUAUCGCUCUCCGCGAAAGAGAACUCCAGUUACGGCAGCGCGAGCUGGCGCUGAAAGAGCAAGAAAUGCGCAUGCGACGCCCGGGUCCUCCGCCAGUUAAUAGGAGGCGCGGCCCCCCACCGCGCAUUGGAGGCGCCAUGUUCGACGACGACGACGAAGAGGACGACUACUUCGACCCGAACUCGGGCCCAGUUCUCCCCAUGAUCGAUCCCGACAAUUUUGAUAUGAUGAGCGUUACUUCUAGGAAGAACCGCACCAAGCCUCCGAGCCAAAGCGAAAUCAGAAUGAAUCCCGAAGGCCCUGGUGGUGGACCAACGCAUCGUGGUAACCGAUGGCGGCCGUCAUUCGGCAGAAAUCGGUCCAGUCAGGUCUCGAACGCCACGGCUGGUCUCCACGAUAACAUCCUCGACGAUCCGCUGAUGAGUUUCACCUCGAAUCGGUAUGGCAAUGUUGAUCGGGGCCAGAUGCAAGCCGGCUCACGGGCGAAUUCUUUGACAGCCUCACAUCUCCACGACCUGCAAAAUGGACCCGGGGGGAUGAGUGGGCCUUAUCCUAGGCGGGCCAGCCAGUCACCGGCCAGCCCGUAUAGUCCGUCAAUGCGAGGUGGCAAUGGGCGUCCGUCGCCUCCAGACGGCGUGCGACAACCUGUUCCCCGGCAUCCGCCCGGGCAAGGGAACAUGGUGGCACCGCAUCAAGUUGAACAACAUGUCGGGGUGAGCUCCCUCCUACCACCAAAUGCCAAGACCGCAGACAGUCUGACCGGCAGUGCGAGCGCUAGCGCGGCGAGUGGUGAUUCCAUGCACUCGGGCUCUGGGCCCUCAGCCCAUAGCAGCAUAAGUAGUCUCGGGCCCCGUCCCCCGACCGGAGUUCGUUGAUAGGUGUCGGGGGCACGAAGCGCCACCGACAUCGGCGUGGGGAUUUGGGCUCCUUGUCGACACGCCACGCCUUAUGUCCUCAGCUUGGGGUGGCUCGAUCUUGCGUAUUCUCACGGCUGGUAUUUUCUUAUAAGUAUGAGGGGGCGCCUCUAUGUGGGUGGUGCCGAAAUUAUCGAGUUCGUCUUAAUUCGGAUCAACGGCGCAUUUGAUACGGGAUAGAAGGAAUCGGGUUGGAUUACAGCCUCACGACGCACACAUCUUUUUCGUCUCGGCAAGAGGGGCGGGAAGGGGAAAGCCA